AUGAAAAAUCGGAUUCCUGCUGAUGUGCGCCAUUUACUGACAAAUGACACAGAAUUUAAGAAACAAGGGCGAGGAAGCAGCCAAGUGAUUGUACGAAAUGAUGACAAUAUAGCUUUUACGAAAUGGUACGAUAAUAAACCUGUUUUGUUUUUAUCAUCUGUUGAAGCGAACAUCGAAUCUGACGAGUGUCGACGCUGGUGCAAGAAAACUAAAGUUUAUGUGACCGUACCACGCCCCAGGGUAGUGAGACAAUACAACCAGAAAAUGGGAGGAGUCGAUCUUGCCGACCGUCUUUUGGCUGUAUGUCCCUAUCGCUAUAGGACCCGAAAGUGGACACAACGUUUUUUCGCCUCAAUGGUUGAUUUAGCUAUAAGCAACUCCUGGAUACAGUACAAACAAGAUCAAUUGAAAGCUUUGGUUCCUUUAAAAAAAAUUCAGCAACUACGAGCUUUCAAAAUGGAGCUGGGUGAAUAUUUCAUUGAGGCCUACUGUGAUACUAACACAGAAGCUACUGACUCAGAAGAGGAUAACCGACCUCUAGUAAGACGCACAGGAAGCAAAUCAGUUCCUGUACCCAAUGAUAAGUUUCGAACAACUGGAGCUAAACAUUUACCCUAUAUGGCGGAAAAGGUGGACAAACCAGGUACAGUUGUGGUGUCUCUGGCUGAACUGUUACUGGAUGAGGGCAGGAUCCUUAUUGCUGAUAAUUACUACACCAGUAUACCUUUGGCGAGAUAUCUCAAGGAACGCAAAACUGAUUUCUGUGGCACAGUCCGUAAAGCGAGGCGUGAACUUCCACCACAAGUAAUUCAACAGAAACUUGAAAAAGGUCAAAUAGCUGCGCAACAAAACGAAUGUGUGACAUAA